AUGGAGAAAAAACCAAAAGCAAAUUUGGUGCCAGAGGAAGCAUUGAUGAAGAUCUGGGGUAGAUUUUCAUUGAGAAGCAUUGCUAGAUUCAGAUCAGUCUGCAAAGAAUGGAAAUCGAUGAUCGAUUCCGACGUCUUCCGAGAUCUCUAUGAGUCUCUCAACUCUUCCUCAUCCUCCGUUUCGUGGUCGAUCAUGAGCACAAGGAACAAAACAAUGUCGCUAGAAAUCGUGGGACACCAUGGAUGCGAAAGAUGGGGACUUACCGAGUCCUUAGGCUCUUUCAUUACGCGCCACAAUCCCAGUGAGACCACCACAGUGAGAAAAACUUGUGUCUUGAGCUGCACGGAUGGGUUGAUCCCUCUUCCUCCACAUCUCUCUGGUUAUGAUGUCGUGAGGUUACAAGAGAAUCAAUGUUUUAACGACAAUGGACUGGUCACAAAGAUAGAAAAGGGUAUUGCCGUGGGUUACAAGGUUGUGUGGACUUUGGUUUCAGGUCUGGUAUCUAAUGAACUCACUUUUAUGAUAUAUUCAUCUGAGACAGGAUUGUGGAUAACCAAAGAGGUUCGUUGUCUCCGUAGCUUGAUCUGGACUAGACUAGCGCAUUCCGUUCCUUUAAACGGGUUUCUUCACUGUCUUGCUACUAUUGAUAACUCCUCUGUAGACGCGAAUUAUGUUGUAGGUUAUGAUUUCUAUAAUGGAGGAGGUGAUGUGUAUCCUAUCAUACCUUUUCCUGAUAUCCAAAAAUUUCAAGCGACUCGGCUUUUCAAGAGAACAAUGACAACGUCUGCUGGAUUCGUGGUCUAUUUCAACGUUUACAGUGAUGAUAAUGAAGGAGAACGUGCAAUCAGGGUUUACAGGCUGGUCUCUACAAAUGAGCAUCCUAAUUCAUGGCAACUCUUGUGGAAAGUCAACACCAAGGGUGGUGGUGUUGAUUAUUUACCUGUGGUGAUGCAUCCUUUGAACUCUGAUAUCAUUUACUGUUGGAGUUGUAACAAGAACGCUCUGGUUUUGUUUGACUUAAGGGCACGCAAGCAUAGUUUUCACAAGGAGGAAAAGAAGAACAAGUCUAUGGAUGGUUGCAUCAUGACAUUUACAGGAUGCAAGGAGUAUAUGGAUUUGAUCUAUCCAAAGUUUGUCAAUGAUAUGUACGGUGCUGCUCACAAUCUCUUCUUUUCCCAGUACGUUCACUUCUCCCACGCUGGCUAA